AUACCUUCAAACCAAGAGAGUUGGUCUUUGGGUUAUUACUUUUUGUACUGAAAAUAAUAAAGAUGUUUUCACCAAGCAUAAGAGCGUAGACUGGAGUCCUGGGUCAGACCUUCAGGGCCUUGCCUUUCUACAAAAGGUGUUUGACAGAUCCUGAUGUGGACCUCCACAGGCCUGUCCUAAGUGUGACAUGUCCUGGAUUACAACACCAUGACUGUCUUGUCCUCACACCUAAAAAGUACAACCAGAUGUGUUUCCACGUACUGGACACAGACCAGGAAGACCGGAUCAAAGGACUCGGGUCUCAGGUUUCACUACGUGGCGGCGGGCGAGAGGGGCAAACCUCUCAUGCUCUUCUUGCACGGCUUCCCUGAGUUCUGGUUCUCGUGGCGCCACCAGCUGCGCGAGUUCAAGACCGAGUUCCGCGUGGUCGCCGUCGACAUGCGAGGCUACGGCGAGUCGGACCUGCCGCCUGGCGUGGACAACUACCACCCGGACCACCUGGUGACCGACAUUAAGGACAUGGUGGAGCACCUGGGCUACAACCGCUGCUUCCUGGUGGGUCACGACUGGGGUGGGAUGCUGGCCUGGUUGUUUGCCAUGGACUAUCCAGAGAUGGUGACCAAGCUCAUCGUCUUAAACUGCCCUCACCCCUCCGUCUACGCAGAUUAUGCCGUGUGUCAUCCCAGUCAGAUGUGGAAGUGCAGACAUUUCUUCUUCUUCCAACUGCCUCGACUCCCUGAACUCAUCUUCUCCAUCCACGACUUCCAGGCCCUCAAGGCCCUCUUCACCAGCCGCAGCAGCGGAAUGAGCCGGAAGGGAAAGUGUCUGACGGGGGAGGAGCUUGAAGCGUACUUGUAUACACUUUCUCAGCCCGGAGCUCUGACUGCCGCACUCAACUACUACAGGAACGUUUUCAGCUCUCUCCCGCUAAGACGGCGCUACGUUCGAUCCCCGGUGCUGCUGCUGUGGGGCGAGCGCGACGCUUUCCUAGAGCAGGAAAUGGCGGAGGCGUGUCGCCUGUACAUCAAGAACCACUUCCGGCUCAACGUCAUUUCCGGGGCGAGCCACUGGCUGCAGCAGGACCAGCCUGACAUCGUCAACACGCUCAUGUGGACGUUCCUCAAGGAGGGCGAGGGCCGCAAGGGCCACAGGAACUGAGGUGGCGGGAUCCAAGCACACUUCAGACACGGUGAACGCUUCCAUUUUUGAUCACUUCUCACUUCCUGUCUCACCAGGCCACGCCCCCUUUUUCAGGUCUUUUCUUUCAUUGUUUUCUAUCUCCCUCACAUGGAAGUAGAACAUUUUGAUUUUUAUAAAUAAACACACUUGCUGUUUGACAACCCUUCCUCUUUCUCUGCGAAGGAAUCACAUCAAACGCCAGAUGUUAGAAGUUAUAAAUAAGAUUGUUUAAAACAAGGAUACAAAUGUGAAGUUAUAAAUAAGAUUGUUUAAAACAAGGAUACAAAUGUGAAGUUAUAAAUAAAUACUUCAAAACAAACAUGCAAAUAGAUGUUAAGUUAUAGAUAGGACUGUUUGAAAGAUGGCCAUAUAAGGAGUUGUGGUGUCAUGUCUGCUCCUGGACUUCAUCCUCAGUUUGAAUCCACACCUUAAAGGUGAAUUGUGACAAGAAAAAGGUUGCAAUGUUGACUCUAAUAACACAGCUGACAUAGCUCCAAAAAUCUAUAUUAGAUCUUAUAAUAUGAUAAAUAUAUUAUGCAUGUUUUUUAGUGGGAGGUUUUGUUUUUUUAAAUGUCAUUGUCCAAAAAAUAAUAAUGUAUCAAAAUCAAUGAUGAACCUAUUUAAGGCUCCAAUGACUUCACAUCAAAUAUUAGACUUUGAACAUUUUCUGGAGGAAAAUAUUGCAUAUUUUGUGUUUAUCUUAUUAAAAAGGGUUUUGACAGAAGGGACAUAAAAUGUCACAAAUAAUGAACUACAUGUCAAUGGAUAGAUCUGAUGGGAUCUAUAAUAUUCAAGGGGGGACUGAAAUAAUAUCAAAUACUGUCUUAUUUUUAACACUAAUGACUGAAAACCUUUUUAUAGCUCCAAGACCUUUUAAAUCCGAUGUUUUUUUUCUUAAUCUGUCAUUGUCCAAAAAAUAAUAAUGAAUCAAAAACAAUGUUUUGAAUUAUUGAUCUAUUUAAGGCUGAAAAUUGUUUUGGGAAAAAUAUUGCAUAUUUAGUCUUUUUGCCAUUAAAAAAAAAUGUUUUCUGUAGGGCAAUUGACACUGGAGGCGUGUGUGUGUGUGUGUGUGUGUGUGUGUGUGUGUGUGUGUAUCAUCAGUGCAGGUCAUGUCAUGCAGUGAGUCUAGAGGGGGAGGUGUGAUCCAGGAUCAUCAUAUCCAGGUCUAGCUGUACAAGACUAGACUCAUUUCUCUUUUCUUUACACUCAAAACAAAAUUAUUGCUUUUGUGAUUAAAACCAUAUUUUUCUUACA